ACGCAUGCAUCUUUGAGCUUCAAAUGAUAAACUGAGAGAGAGUGAGGGGAACUGUGGGAGAGGUGAGAGAAAGAGGAAUUUUCUUUGUUCAGUACUUUUUAGAAAUCGUGAUGUUGCUUCAGCGUCAACCCAUUAAUGGGUUCUCGCAGUACCCCCAAGUGAGUCCAUUGUUUCGAAGACGAGGCAAGACAGCUUUAAGAAACCCGAGUUUGAGAGCACAAUCUAUUCCCUCCAGAACCCAGAGAAUAAUGGAGAGUAUUUCAGUGAGUGGUGAAGUUGGUGGUGCUGGUGGAGCAUACUCAUAUAAUGCCUUGAAGAGAUUGGACCAGCUUUGGUCUAGUAUGUGCUCUGCUCAAACAGUUGUUCAAGAACCCCAGCAAGUGGUUUCUAGAAGUCGCGGUACCUUCAGCCAUUCUGAUGUGGAUGAAAAUGCAGUAGAUACAUUUGAUGUGGUAGUUUGUGGAGGUACUUUGGGAAUAUUCAUUGCAACAGCCUUGAGUUUCAAAGGUCUUCGAGUAGGCAUUGUGGAAAGAAAUAUACUAAAAGGGAGGGAACAAGAAUGGAAUAUCUCGAGGAAAGAGCUCCUUGAGCUUGUUGAAAUUGGAAUUCUCGUAGAGGAUGAUAUUGAAGAAGCAACUGCUGUGAAAUUUAAUCCUAACAGAUGUGGAUUUGAAGGGAAAGGUGAGAUCUGGGUUGAAGACAUUCUUAAUCUUGGUGUCUCGCCCGCAAAGCUUAUAGAGAUUGUGAAGAAACGUUUUAUUUCCCUUGGUGGAGUCAUCUUUGAAGGUUACAGUGUCUCUAACAUUUGCAUAUAUGAGGAUGCAGCAGUCUUGCAACUUGCUGAAGGAAACAUUUUGUCAUCUCGUCUCAUCAUUGAUGCAAUGGGGAACUUUUCCCCUGUGGUAAAACAGAUAAGAUGCCAGAGGAAACCAGAUGGUGUCUGCCUUGUUGUUGGAUCCUGUGCUCGUGGUUUUAAGGAUAACUCUACAAGUGAUGUCAUAUACAGCAGUUCAUCAGUGAAGAAGGUUGGAAACUCAGACGCUCAAUAUUUUUGGGAGGCAUUCCCCGCUGGCUCAGGUCCAAUGGAUCGUACUACUUAUAUGUUCACAUAUGUUGAUCCUCAACCAGGAUCCCCGAAAUUGGAAGAACUAUUAGAAGAAUACUGGGCUCUGUUGCCAAAUUAUCAGGGAGUCUCUCUUGAGGAACUGGAGAUACUGAGAGUUAUAUAUGGGGUGUUCCCUACAUAUCGUGACAGCCCACUGCCAGCAGCUUUUGAUCGUGUUUUACAGUUUGGUGAUGCUAGUGGCAUACAAUCACCUGUGUCAUUUGGUGGUUUUGGAAGCUUGACUAGGCACCUUAAGAGACUGUCGACUGGAAUAUGCGAAGCAAUCAAUGGAGAUUUUCUUGACCCUUACAACUUGUCACUGCUUAAUCCAUAUAUGCCCAACUUAAGUGCUUCAUGGUUGUUCCAAAGAGCAAUGUCGGCGAAGCACCAAUCUAAUGUCCCACCAGGUUUUAUUAAUGAACUCCUUCAUGUCAAUUUUCAGAGUAUGCAGAGGUUAGGUGAUCCAGUUCUAAGACCGUUUCUGCAGGAUGUCGUACAAUUUGUGCCUCUUGCCAAGACAUUAGGCCUAGUCAUGUUAACUAAACCUCAACUUCUCCCAUCAAUAUUCAAGCAGGUUGGUGUCCCUGUGCUUCUUGACUGGUCUGGACAUUUUUUUAUGCUGGGUUGCUACACGUUUCUCUCAACCUUUGCUGACCCUGUCAUAAGGCCAUUGCUCAGCUCACUUCCAUCUAAGAUGAGUUAUGAGUGGAAGCGGCAUCUUGAGGCUUGGAAAUAUGGAGCCGGUUUAGAUUACAAGCUGUAAGGAGUCACUCGAAGAUGACUGAGACAGAGAUAGUAAGAAGGGACAUGCAGCAGCAGACAUGUCUAAUUGGAUAGGAUGGUAGUUUUUGAAGAAUAUGUGAACCGCCAUGGAAUUCCUUGUACUACCAAGCUUGUGCUAAAUAGAUCUUGAAGGGUGGCUAGUCAAUGAAAAUUGAUUAAAGAUAUUGUAGCACUUCCUUCCACCCAAUACUCAUUUUUACAAAUUUUUGUAUUGUUGUCUGAUGACAACUCAAAUGCCCCUUCA